GAGAUAGGAUGCUGGAUGCAUGCAUCUGUACCAAGGAUUCUUAGCCCGAGGUAGGUAGGAUGUCCAUGCAUUUUGGGUUUUUUACCCACUAGCUAAACUGUGCAGAUUAUAUACCAACCAAGGGGAUCUCCGUGAGGCCGAGGUGUAAACUAAAAGAACGAAAUAGCUACGCUAAAAAUCAAUACAGCAUCACAAACAUAUCGCACUUUCAUCUUGCCGUUGAUUUUUGGAGCCCGAGGUAAGUCACUACUAAUUAGUGUUGUUACUCUUGGGCUCGUGAGCUGAUCGAUCGACGAACUCCGGAGACCGGAAGCUGCUAGCGCGCGCUCCAAUGUCGGAGAACGGAAUUGAGCUUGCAGCAGCAGUACCACCACCCUCGGGUUCUUCCUCCAAUGGAGACACGGAUGUCAGCGUCGACGGCCGCAUCGUCCAACUCUCCGACAUCAUCGUCCAUGAAAUGAGUGCUAGCCGGGUACCACGGCCACCAAGACCGGAGAUCUACCGUGUUCCAGCGAUGUUCCUGGCCGCCGACAAGGGCGCGUACCAGCCGAGGUUCCUGUCCCUGGGACCCUACCACCGUGGUGACUCCGCCACGGAGGAUAUGCGGCGCGCCGACGAGCGCAAGCCAGGUAACCUGGACUUCGCCCUCUCAGACAAGGACGGCGAGCGCGGCGGGCCGCCGGUGGAAGAAUACAUGAAGGCCGUCGCGUCCAUGGAGGCCGCCGCCAGGAGGUUCUACGAUAGGGACGUCACCAUGGAAUGGGGCGCCUUCUGCAGGAUGCUGUUGCUCGACGGGUUCCAGCUGAUCACACUGCUUGAAUCCUACGGUUCUGCAGAUGAGCCGCCGCCUGCAGCAGGAGCAGGAGGCAACAACAAGGAUGGGUGCAGACCCAGAACUUGUGUUUUGAGCAGCAUCGGACAUGACUUGAUGAUGCUCGAGAACCAGAUACCGUUCUUCGUUGUCGAGAAGUUGUACGGCCUGCGUUACGGCCAGCUGCAGGAUGUCGUUGCCGCUAGUGGAAGAACUGGGAGGACGGUUGCCGAGCUAGCCUGGACAACCAUCAGGAGGAUGAUCAUGAACGACGACGUCCCGGCGGCGUCCAGUGGUCCGCCGGAUAAGUGCUUGCAUUUGGUCCAUCUCUGCCAUGUUUACCUCAAGCCAAGCAACCUCAAGGAGUCGCUGCCAGACAAAUGCCCCCGUGACCGUGAGUAUGGAAGAUUCCGGCGAGCCACCGAGUACCACGAGGCCGGCGUCAAAUUCAGGCAGAUGUACAGCUGCAAAGACGGGGGUAGCCCGCAGUGCCCCUUGCUGGACGUGAGCUUCUCCAAUGGCGUGCUGAGGAUGGCGCGCCACAGGGUGGACGAGAAGACCAACUACAUCCUGCGCAACGUGCUCGCCUACGAGCAGAGGUACAUCGGCACGGCCACGGACGGCGCCACGGGGUACGUGGCGGCGUACGUGGUGUUCAUGUCGCAGCUGCUGGGGAGCCCCGAGGACGUGGCGCUGCUGUCGCGGCGUGGGGUGAUCGAGCACCACCUGGGGAACGACGGCGAGCUGUGCGCGCUGUUCCGGGGCCUGGCGGAGGGUCUCGCCUUCGACCCCUCCAGCGGGCAUUACCUCAACGCCGUCGGGGUGAAGCUGCGCGCGCACUACCGGUCCCGCAUCCACCGCUGGCGCGCAUGGGUCGUCCGGCGCUACUUCGGGAACCCAUGUCUUGCCGCCGCCUGGGUCUUCGGCGCCAUGGCCGUGCUGGGCACCAUCCUUCAGACGGCCAUUGCGAUUCUUGUCUACGUGAAUCAAGGGCGAGGACCCACGCGCAACAUCGCCUAGCUGGCCUCAAUUAUUGCUACGUUUAAUAGCAAGCAGCUGAACGCGAGCUAGCUUAUUUCUCCCCUCUUUCCCUUCCGCGAAGGUUUUUUUUAUUAAAUUACAUUGCCAUUUAUGACAGUAAAACCGAACCCUCUUCCAGCCCUCUCAUGCUAUCAGCAUUUGCAAUGAAAAAAAGUGUUACUGGGGUUCCUAAUAACACAAUUUCUUAUGUGUUCCUUUAAGCUGUGUUGCAAGAGCUCGGAUGGUGUAACACAUGAUAUCUGUUCCUAUAUGUAAUAAAUUAUGUUACAAUUUUGUUACA